CAUUCUCAACCAAGUCACACAGGCUUAGGCACUCUUUUCAUAACAACAUCCAUUGAUCUGACACCUCUAUCCAUAACGACGCAAGAAUGUUUGCUCCUUUAGCCCUCAUAACUGGCCUUCUGGCGGCCUUCGUCGUCGGCGAGUCGCGUGGCAUCACCCCCCACGACAUGUACUCCUCCUCAGUCGGCGUCCUCGGCUGCAAGAUCAACACCAACCGGGUUGCCUACUGGCCCAUGGCGAUCGACUGCGACAACAUCUGCGUCCGUGUCUCCCACGCCGGCCGCUCCGUGGAUCUCCUCCGCAUCGACCAGUCCGGCGGUGCCUACGACAUCUCGUACGACGCCUACAACUUCCUCGUCUCGGGCCAGAGCGCCACAGCUCAUCCGAUCACUGGCGGCGCCGUUUCAAUGAAUGUCGAAACCGUACCCGCUAGCAACUGUGUGAAGCACCUCAAGGCCGGCGGCCUCCCCCUCUCGGCUUCCAACAGCAUGAACUACGUUGCCAGCUGCCUGGGCAAGCCGAACAGCUGGGUCGCCCGCAACUACCGCCUGUUCAACAUCCAGGACCCCCCGUGUCACUACGGUUUCGACGAAUCCUGUUCGGUCAACCUCGCCGUGAGCAACCAGCCCUCGUGCCCGCAUGCUCUCGGGACUUCGGGCCCUCGCCUGCCCGAUACGGUCUUCAAUAUCCAGUACGGCACUGGUGCCGUCGUUGCCGCCCCCUAA